GGAGGAAGGGGGGACCGGGCAUGGCGGAGGUGCUGGAGUUCCGGGUGCCUGCGGGGAGCGCGCAGACAUUGCUGGUGUGGGGGCUGGAGCCAGAGCCGGGCCUGGAGCAUUCCCUGUUUUCAGUGUUUUCAAAAUUUGGGUUGCUUUACUCAGUGCGAGCACACAGCAAUGCUGCUGUGGCAGGGCCUGGCUGCUAUGCUAUCAUCAAGUUCUACUCAGCUGCAGAUGCCAGCAGAGCCCAGCAUGCGUGCAACGGGCAAAGGCUAUUUCAGAACUCUCCAAUGAAGGUUUGUGUUUGCACCAAGCAGAAGGGAUUUCAGCAGCAAGUCCUUGCUCUCAACAGCAACAAGUGCCAGGAAUUGGCCAACCACUACCUUGGCUUUAACGGCUGGUCCAGCCGUAUCAUCACACUGCAGAAUGUGUCUGGCUUUGAUGAUGAGAAUGAGGAACUGGGAAAGAAGCGAUCUGUGAGAUACCUGUGUGCUGUGGAAGUAAUGCUGCCCAACCACGGGGUACACAGCCGGGGAGUUGGGCUCGGUGAGGCAGACGUUGAAAAUGGUGAAGAUCCUCUGGAUUUUGUCACAACCACAAGAAGAGUUCAGAAGCUCGCAGUCGGCAAAGCUUUGUCCAGUGCCUUUCAGAAGAUACUCCUUGUGGUUUUAGAGAGUGGUAAAGUGGCUGUGGAGUACAACCACGCUGCAGAGGAGCCCACAGACUCCCUAACAGAGGAGGAACUGGAGGGGCUUGUUCAGGUCAAUGAAUUGCCUUUGCAACCGUUUGACUUUGAAGAAGAAGUUUUGUCUGACCUGACUCUGGAUGAUGAGCUCCCUGUGUGGGAGAUGCCAUCUAAUUAGUGCAGGUCUGUCUUCAGAUCACUUCCAAAAGUUUGAUUAGGGUUGAAAGCCUAAAGCUGUGCAAUGACAACUACCUCAUAUCCAACGUUUUAUUUUUCUCCAAAUACAGAAGAACAGUGAAAGAAAUGGGCAACAGACCUGCAGUUACUAAAAUUAAGCUAAAAAAAUGUAUGAUGUUUCUGGGGAGAAAGUGUUUUCCUGUCAGCCUAUGCAGGUCAGCUAUAUAUGGAAACAAGCUUACCUACGUGGUGAUUAUUUAGACAGCGUAACAGAUGUGCAUAGCACUCAGAAAAAAAAUAAAAUGAACAAGCAAGAGCAAGAGCAGUUUGGGUUAGCUGUGAUCAGCAGGAGAAAGCCAGAGGCAGUGAGAGAUGAUGUACCAGCAGGAGUAGCUGUGGUACUUAAAAGUAAUACUCCUCUGGGUGAAAUUUCUCUUAGAGAGAUAAACCGCAGCCCUGUGUUGAUGUAUUGAACAGUUGGGGCAUCAUUAUGAUGUAAAACAAAGAUUCUUUUUAACUUAGAACAUGUUUCUCAUUAAAUUAAGCAAACUUUUUUUUUUUUUUUUUUUUGUAACUCUGUGCGCUGUGUGAAUCUUUGGGGCAGUGAAUUCAAUGGGAAUGUCCAUCCACUCCGUAGAUCUGAAGGGCUCGCAGUGGGGAGGGAAUGCUCAUUUCAUAACAAACCUCUGCUCAGAUUUUUGCCUCCUGCCCUUGGCACAGAAGAAAAAUGGGAGAGCUCAAGGAAAAACCUGAGAGUCUAAGGGUGCACUAAGCACUAAGGGUGAAAGGAAAGGAUCGUGGCACAUUUAAUUUAACAAAACACGGCUGCAAAUCACCAAGCUUCCUCUUUCUUAUUAUUCAAGUUGGAAAUAGUUGGGCUGAUGUGAAAUUAAAACCUAUUGGCACGUUUAAAAAUUGAUCUUCCAAGCAGCAGCCCAAUGGAAAGUUCCCAUCCCAGCACAGGCAUCCCAUGGCUGUGGGGCUGCCUUCACCUCAAGGACACCACAAACACACAGUGAUGUCAUUCUUAACGUGCUUUUUCUGAGGGGCAGUGCCACUCACAGAAGGGCAGAACCACAGAAAUGGCCCAAAGCCACCCCUGGGAGCCAUGAGGUGCAGUGAGGCCUACACUGGCCUACACAAACCCGAAGCCUACACUCACCUGAGGCCUACACAA